CACACACAUACACACAUACAUAUUCUGAGACACAUGCACACAUGUAUGUAUAUCUAUAAGUAUAUAUAAAUAGGAGAUACACAAGACACUUCAACAGUUGCUCCUCUAUAAUUUACCGUUAAACAACAAUAAUGAGACUUUCUAUUGUAUUUUUACUUGUGUUGGUCACUGCCUAUUGCCAGUUCGAUUCCUGUGAAGGCUUUGAUGUACAGCAAACGCUUGCCAAAAUAAGAGAAGUUUUAGAAAAAGGAUUUGGAAAUAAAUUUAAAAAAUUCUUCCAUGGCAUCACAAAGUUUUUCAAAGAAAUAAAUGGGAAGUUUGUGAUCGAUGGAACCCCACUGGUGAUCACUUUCUUUGCUGACGACUGUGAAAUGAAGAUUACCGGAAAACGAGGUCUAUUUGAAGUGAAAUGUCCAGCUGAUGUGACUGAAAUCAUUACGCAAACCAAACGCCACUGUGAAAAGUCAAGUCAGAUAAGCGCCGUGCAGUGUGCUACCAAAAUGGUACUCGAAGAAAUUGAGAAGAAUAUUGAAAUCGGCAAAAUCUCCGGCUUCUAACAUGCAUCAACAUAUAUAACGUGUUAUACACACACACAUACACACAUAUGUAUGUAUGUAUGACUAUAUAUAUUCUCAGCAAAAUCACCAGCUACAAAUAAAGCACUAGAAUAAUUUUGCUAGCA